UGUUCGCCUGCAGGAAGGUCGAGUGGAUUGACAACGUGGUCCGCCUGGACAACUGGCUGAACUUCGACAUGAAGCCGAGCACGGCGGCGCUGGUGAUCGCGCUGCGGCCCGCCGUCGAGAAGAUCGUCGAGCGCGCCGCCGCAGAACCUGACGCCGCGCUACACUUCUCGCCUAUUGAACAAAAGGUAAUCGACUGCGUGAAAUCGCUAUGCAUCGUGGACGCGGGCGACUACAACAUCCAGCGCGAGACCAGCACACCGACGUUCAGGAUGGACGGCGCCAAGCGAGGCAACCGCGGCUGGGGGACCACCGGGCCCCGCGGCGGCUUCGGCGGACAAGGGUUCGGCGCCAACCAGGGCUUCGGCGGAAACAGAGGUGGAUUCGGCGGAACUAGAGGCGGCUUUGGCGGGAACCGAGGCGGUUUUGGAAGCGGCAAUCAGGGCGGCUUCGGCAAUGAAGGUCAAGGUGGCUUCGGAGGUGGAUUCCAGGGCGGUUUCCGAGGUUCAGGCGGUUUCGGCAGCAACCAAGGAGGUUUUGGCGGUAACCAAGGUGGUUUCGGCGAUAACCAAGGUGGUUUCGGUAGCAACCAAAGUGGUAACGGUUUCGGCCGCGGUGGAUUUGGCAGCCGAGGGUUCGGUAAUACAGGUUUCGGAAACCGCGGCUAUGGUAACAGUGGCUUUAGAAGAGGCGGACGCGGAUAUUGGUGACCAUUUCAGUAAAUAGUAGGUAUAAUAGUGACAAAUUGUGUGAUCCCAGAGUCACUAAACUUAGAAAUAAAUUAAUACCAUAAUA